AUGCCAAUGCCCAUCCUACCGCCGGACCUCAUGGUCCGGGAUGUUUGCGAGGGUAAUGUGAAGGCACUGGGUGGAUGCCGCUGCUUCUCCGUGGACUACCCGAAGCCGCCGCAGGCGCCGUAUCCUGCAGCCCUGGAGAACGCUCUGGAGGUUUGGCAAUGGCUCCGAGACCAGGGCCUCAAAGCCAAGGACGUCGUUGUGUCCGGCGACAGCGCAGGGGGCAACUUAGCCCUGGCCCUGCUACUGAAGCUGCAGGCCAUCGGGGCUGAAAUGCCUGCUGGUGCGGUGCUCCUGAGCCCAUGGGUCGAGAUGCUGCCUUUCAACUCCAAGUCCUGGACGCACAACGCAGCCUACGACUACAUCGGUACCUCGAUCCGUUUAGGGUUUAGGGUUUAG